CUCACAUGUAGGGUACCUAUCUUAGGUAGCUGCGUAAUCGUUAUCGAUAACCACCUCGAUCUUGAAGCUAUCGCAGCAACAAUUUAUCCCCAUCAUUUCGGCGACUAUCGUGAGUGCUAGUGCGCUAUGGCUGAGGACUAGAGUCAACCAGGAUGCUGUAGGAGCGACGAUGUCGAAAUCAUGGUCAGCGACAUUGAAGCUGCCCAAAUCCACGUUUCCCCCCCGACCUCUUCCUACGUGCCGUGACCAGUACAUACAACGAUGCGCCGACCAAUAUUACGAGUGGCAAAGGCAGAAUCGGCCCUCCGAUGACACCUUCGUCCUCCAUGAUGGCCCGCCUUAUGCGAAUGGUAGUCUUCAUGUUGGUCAUGCCCUGAAUAAGAUCUUGAAGGACAUGAUUGUAAGGACAAAGGUCCAACAAGGCAGACGUAUAGAAUACAUCCCAGGAUGGGAUUGCCACGGGCUUCCAAUCGAGCUAAAGGCUCUUGAAAAUGCUAAAGAAACGAAGUUGACGCCCCUUGAAAUUCGAAAGUCGGCCCGAAAUCUCGCCUCGAACACAGUUGUCAAGCAAAUGAAGACCUUCCGCUCGUUUGGUAUCAUGGGCGACUGGAACCAGAAAUGGACUACUAUGGAUACCGCUUACGAGAUGAGGCAGCUCCGUUUGUUUCAGAAAAUGGUUAAGAAAGGCUUGAUAUAUCUCAAGUUCAAGCCUGUUUACUGGUCUCCAUCCUCGCAGACUGCCCUCGCAGAGGCCGAGUUAGAGUACAAGGAUGACCAUAUUUCGCAUGCUGCUUGGAUUAGAUUUCCUAUCACCAAUGACUGGAAAUCAGUGCCAGAGUUUGCAAGCUUACGAGACAAGGUUAAAGGAGAGCUAUACGCUGUGAUAUGGACUACGACACCAUGGACACUUCCAGCAAACCGGGCAAUUGCUGUACACAAUGACUUGAAGUAUUGUGUUAUUCGCGAUGGCGCAGAUGCGUUGCUAGUAGCUGAAGACCGUCUCGACACUUUGGGUCAAGUAUUGGCAAAAGCAGACAGCACUCGACCCGAAUCACAACCGAAUGUUGUUUAUGGCACUUUUGAAGGGAAUCAGCUUGGAGAACUGAAAUAUACAAAUCGGCUAAGGGGCAAGGCUGCGCCAGCUCAACCUAUAAUUCAUGCAGAUUUUGUGUCGGCCAAUUCUGGUUCUGGCCUUGUGCACAUGGCCCCUGGUCACGGAUUUGAUGACUAUGAAGUAUGCAAUACUCAUGGUAUACCUGUGGCAGCUCCCAUAGAUGACAUGGGAAGAUUUACCCAGGACGCUUUCCCUGAUGCACCAGAGCUACUACAGGGAGCGCCUUCAGUUAUCGAAGGUGGUGGCCGAAAAGUCCUUGAUCUUUUGAAACCCUCUGGCGAUGUUUUACUGGUAGAGAAGCACCAGCACAAGUACCCAUAUGACUGGAGAACAAAGAAGCCAGUCGUCAUCAGAGCCACAGAACAGUGGUUUGCCGAUGUAGCAUCGAUCAAGGAAGAGGCCUUAGACUCUCUCACAACUGUACGCUUCAUUCCGGAGAGUGGUAGGAAACGACUUGAAAGCUUCGUGAAAGGUCGUAGUGAAUGGUGUAUAUCAAGGCAACGUGCUUGGGGUGUUCCUAUUCCAGCCCUGUACGAUAGCACAGGUGCCGCUGUAGUGGACGAGCAAGUGGUUGAGCAUAUCAUCUCAGUCAUUCAAGAAAGGGGCACACAUGCAUGGUGGUCCGAUGCUGCAGACGACCCUGCAUGGAUUCCAAGUUCGUUGAGAGGUUCGUUCAGGCGAGGCACCGACACCAUGGACGUCUGGUUCGAUAGCGGUAGCAGCUGGACUAUGAUGUCUUGGCGGGCAGAUGUAUACCUUGAAGGCUCCGAUCAGCAUCGUGGAUGGUUUCAAUCCAGUCUACUUACUCGCAUCGCUGCGGGUACUGAAACAGGCGCUACAUCUGAGAAGGGAGCACCCUUUAAGCAGUUGAUCACCCAUGGGUUCACGUUGGAUGAAGAGGGCAAGAAAAUGUCCAAGUCCAUCGGAAACACUAUAGAACCACAACAAGUCAUGGAUGGCACGCUCUUGCCACCUAUGAAGCGCAAAGGAAAAGCCGCCAAAGGCCAACCAGCAUAUGAUGCGCUAGGCCCUGAUGCCCUGCGUAUAUGGGCUGCAAGCAGUGACUACACCCGAGACGUCGUACUCAGUGUCCCUGUCCUGCAGUCUAUCCAUACUGCGCUUAUCAAGUAUCGCACAACUCUAAAGAUGCUUCUUGGUUCUAUGCAUGAAUCCGCCCGUACCGCCCCUCUUACUGUCACGGAUCAGGUUGCUCUUGUCCAGCUACAAGAUACGAUGGACGAAGUAGGCAAAGCAUUUGAUAACCAUGAAUUCUAUAAAGGGUAUAACGCUCUCAAUCGAUGGGUCAAUAAUGAUCUCUCGGCAUUUUAUCUGGAAGCCUUGAAGGAUCGUCUCUAUUGCGGUGACGGUGGAGGUGUUCUUGAACCCAUUUUUAACGGGUUCCUCCGGAUGUUAGCUCCUAUGACCCCGUUACUAGUGGAGGAGGCCUGGGAGCACCGCCCGGAAUGGAUGAAACAAGACACAUCCUUGAUACACCCACUGCAACAACUCUACAUCGACCCUUUGAUUGACACUAAUCGCCUUAAUAUUGACCCAUUAGAAUUGCGAAACGAUAUUCCUAUCAUAAUGGCUGUACAUGGUGCCGUGAAGCCCGCUCUGGAACAGGCUCGUAGCGCCGGCCACGUUGGCUCGUCGCUGCAAAGUACUGUCAAGAUUCAUGUUCCGGAGACAGACGGUGGAAAUUACAAGAUCAUAUUGAGCGUGCUAGGUAAGCAUGCAGAUGAGCUUGCAGACCUGUUCGUCGUCUCCACGGUCUACAUCAACAAGGCCGAAGACACAAACUCGAGUACCCAUUCAGCGGAUUUCUCGUUCCGUGAGGAAUUCGAGGUUCGUGGUGUCAAGGCAUAUGUUGAAGUUCGCCCCCCUGAGCAUGCUAAAUGUCCUCGUUGCUGGCGCUAUGUUGCUCCUCGGGAGGAUGCACUCUGUAGCCGCUGCGAAGAUGCUGUACAAACUACCUAAGGAGUUGAGAGUGUGGCGUAUAUCAAUGUAAACGUACGACUUGUGAUGUAACGAUUCAUCUAAUCUUUGUUGAUUACAUCCACAUUCGCGAAAGACAAAUACAUAGAUGCUCUGUAUAAUAGUUUGUAUCAAUAGAAGAUACCCAAUUUCAUCUCUUCAGAACUUUUCAAGUACCAUUAACAUUAUCUAGGGCAUAAACACUUUUGUAUCUAAGAUGUUCAGACCGACCCUAUUGCCACCCUCUAUACUCAUCCUUUCACUAAAGUCGUAUAACAGAGCCAUACCUGUUACUGCGCGGUCUCUCUCCUUUUUAUUCAAAGUACUCAAACCUUCAAACUUGUCAACCACUGAAUCGUCACAAAC